UUUUAUAUAAACUAGUAUACAUCAGUGUUUAAGAUAUGCCACGAAUUGAGUAUAAUCGACAAGUGAGUUUUAGUAACAAAAUGGUAUCCAUGUUGAAGCAGUUAUUAAGAAGAAACCAAGAAUCAGUCAUGGAUAACCAGCCUUCCCCACACUUCUGGGACAAGAUGCGAAUAAAAUGGAAUGGUGGUCACCAGUUGCUUCCAACGACAGACAGUCCAACUAUUUCCGCGUGUACGACUUCGACAAAUUUGUCGGGUUUGGAAUUCCAAUCAAAUAACACCAUCAACAAAUUCAUGACGGGAACAAAUUUAGAAGAAAAGUUUCAAAGGGGGAUCCCUGAGAUCGAACCCUUGCAACAACAUACAAAAGUUGACAUGAAUGGAACCCCCGCACAACAACCCAUGGAAAGCUCAGAUGAGCAACUGUGUCCACCUGCCCCAUCACCCAGAAGAAAACUGUUCUGUUGGCAACAAGUACUUACAGCCAUCGCCGUCUCUUUGGUUUCUAUGGUAGUCGGAUACUGCUCAGGCUACACCUCACCAGCAGAAAUCAGUUUGAAGAUGGACUUAAAGAUCUCAAACUUUCAUUUCUCAUGGAUCUCGGGCUCUAUGCCUUUAGCUGCUGUGUUUGGUGGCCUGAUGGGAGGACCGCUGAUCGAAAAAUUGGGUCGAAAACGGACCAUAAUCGUCACCGACUUUCUAUUCCUAAUCGGCUGGAUCCUUAACUACUCCAGCUCUUGGUCCCAAGAAUUCCGCUUCUUGUACGUCAGCAGAGUAAUCUCCGGUUGUGCAGUAGGCAUUGCCUCGUUGACUCUUCCCGUUUAUUUGGGAGAAACAAUUCAACCCGAAGUCCGCGGUACUUUGGGACUUUUGCCAACGGCGUUCGGCAACAUUGGAAUUUUGAUAUGUUUCCUAAUGGGUUUCUUCCUGAGAUGGCACAACAUCGCCUUAGUCGGUGGCGUCUUGGCCCUUCCGUUCUUGUGCCUCAUGUGGAUCAUUCCAGAAACGCCUCGCUGGUACGUCUCCAAGCAAAAGAUUCCCGAGGCCCGUAAAGCUUUGAUGUGGUUGCGUGGAAACACCAACCAGGAUGCCGUGGAGAAGGAAUUCGAAGAGCUGCUGAAGUCGCAGAAAACUUCAGACGAAAAAAGUGAAACCCUACGCGACUUGUUUACGAAACCCAACAUGAAGUCCUUGCUCAUCGUACUGGGUCUGAUGUUCUUCCAACAAUUCAGCGGAAUCAACGCGAUUAUAUUUUACACAACACAGAUAUUUGAAGACACGGGUUCCAAUAUUCCUUCCUCUAUCCAGACGAUCAUUGUGGGAGCCGUCAAUUUCAUUUCUACUUUCAUAGCGACGAUUCUGAUCGACAAGUUGGGGAGGAAGAUUCUUUUAUAUAUUUCGAGUGUGGCUAUGAUUAUUACGUUAGCAGUAUUGGGGGUGUACUUCUACCUUCUGAAAGUUUCGAAUUACGAUGUCUCGACGUAUGGAUGGGUGCCUUUGGCGAGUUUUGUAGUCUACGUGUUGGGAUUCUCAUUUGGGUUUGGUCCUAUACCGUGGCUGAUGAUGGGAGAAAUCUUGCCUGCGAAAAUUAGAGGACCUGCUGCUUCGGUUUCCACUUCCUUCAACUGGAUUGGUACCUUCGUGGUGACCACAGCAUUCCAUUUAAUCAAAGACAUUAUUGGCGCUUACGGUGUGUUCUGGUUGUUCUGUGGCAUAACCAUAAUAGGAUUAGUUUUCACGAUCCUGUUCGUACCAGAAACAAAAGGACAGAGUUUAGAAGAUAUUGAAAGAAAAUUAGCGGGUGUUAAAGUGCGAAGAAUGAGUUCAAUUGCGAACAUGAAACCUUUGCCCUCUGGAGUGUAAAUUGACUUUAUAAGUCACCGUAGAUCUGUUUUUUGUACAUAGUCCUAUUUAUUGUUUAGUACCCAUUUUUUUAAGUAAUAAAUUAUUUAUAUUUUUA